AUGUUGUAUUAUUAUUGACUUCGAAGUAUAUGCAUCAUCAGUAGCAUUUGUCUAUCUAUUUUUACGGCAUUAAAAAUUGGACGUUACGAAAAGGAUACAGGUCAUUGUCUGAAAGAUUCGGAAAGCACGUGCUAUAACGAUAAUAAAAAAUGGUUUAACUUAUAUCUGAACCUAUUUAUCGUGCUGUUUAUCUUAAUGGGCAUAGAAUGGCUCUUGAUAACAGCGAUCCGAAUAUAUUUUUAUAUUUAUGUAUGGUCAUUAUCAGUACCAAUUUUCGAUAUUAUAGGGUAUGUUAUUUAUUUGAUGCACAUUAUGCAGAAUCUAUUCGUUUUUAUUUUAUUUGUAUGGAAAAAAGAUCAAGCGAAUGUUAUUCAAGCGAUUCGGCUGCGGUUUGUUGCCAAAAGAUUGAAUGCAACACUGUCGAGCAUUAUUAUCACGUCAAAAAAAAAGGUCAUGCAGAAGAAGAUGCAAAUUUCCAUCAACGAGGAUGAUAAUUUGAUGAUACGAUACGACAUAAAUACAAAUUCUAACGAUGAAAUAAUAACACUGCGACAUGAUUUGCAUAAAAAAUUUAUAAAUAAUACACAAAAUGACAAAGAAUUUCAUACGAACGGCAAUCGCGAGGAUAAUGAUUUGAUUCAACAUAAACGUUCCGAGCAUUCAAUGCAGAAUAAAGAUGAUAAGCAAAAAUCGAUGAAAUCUAACACAAAUUCGACAAAUAUCAAUCAUAAAAGGAAUUUCACGGCUCAGGAAGUUUAUGAAAAUGUAAUUAAAAAGAAUGAUUCCAAAUCGCUUAAAGUCUUCAAAAAUUCCAGCAAAGAUGCUAAUGAAACUAUCAUCGUCCCAAACGAAAUGUGUCAUAAUGAUACUUGCAUUCGCCUCUGCUGUUGUCUUGGCGAUCGUCUGGUUGAUGGCAACUGCAUUCCUGAAGAAUUAAAUACGUUUUUCCAAACGUUUAAUCUAUAUCUGAAGCUAUUUAUCGUACUGUUUAUCUUAAUAGGCAUAAAAUGGCUUAUGUUAACAGCGGAAGUAUUAUCUGAAAAUGUAUCAAUUUUCAACUCGUAUGUUUUUGAUUUGCUAGACAUUAUGCAGAAUCUAUGCACCUUUAUCAUAUUUGUGUGGAGAAAAAAUAUCAAGCGCAUGUUAUUCAAGCGAUUCGGCUGCGGUUUGUUGUCAAAAGCUCGAUCCGAAUCGAAUGCAACAUUGUCGAGCAUUAUUUCCAUGUAAAAAGCUAUAUGUAUAGUCAUACAGGAGAAGAUGAGUUCUUCUGGUCGAGCAUGAAGUCACACUGAUAUGACCGACCUUUACGUUUAAUUUGAAAAUUAAAAUCAUGUUUAUUUAUGCUGAUCUUUAUGUUUAAGAUUAAUAAUUAUAAUUCAUAUAUAUUUUCGGAUUUCGUAGCAAAAGCAUAUUAUUUUGUGUCGCUUUUUUUUUUCAAAUUCAAAUAAGA